AUGCGGAGGCUAGCGCUCGCUCUGCUGCCCUGUGCUCUCGCCGUCCUACUGCACUUGUGGUUGGACUUACGAAGCUUCAUUACCCCGCCGGAGAGCAACACCACCCCGGACGGAGCCUUGCCGUUCUAUGAUGUUUUGGUGGGAGUGCUCUCGGCUCGGCACCAUCACGAGCUCCGGCAGGCCAUAAGGGCGACAUGGCUGGGUUACCUGCAGCAUCACCCCCACUUCCAGCACAGGGUGGGGGUGAAGUUUAUUGUUGGCAAAUACGGCUGCCCCAUCCCAGAGGAGGACAGAGAAGACCCUUACUCCUGCUCCCUCCUCAACUUCACAGAGUCGGCUGCGGUUCAGUCUUCAGACAUCGAGAUCGUGAAGUUGCCAGAUGUUUCCGCACUGGUCCCAUCUGACGUGUCCAUCGUGGCUCUGGACUUUAAGGUCCUGCACCCGGUGGUCAUCACUCGUUUGGGGGUGUUUCCCAGCGGGACCCUCGCUGAGCCCCAGACCAAUGUGACUGUGAAGCUGCUGCAACUCGACCAAGAGGAGGCCGUGGUCACUGCACGUUUCAGCUCUGUCAGCACUGGGACCCUGCUGAACGGAGUGUGGUACAAACCAGUGGAGCAGUUCAUUUUGCCUAAGGGUUUUGAAGGCACAUUAGUUUGGGAGAGCUCUGCUGGAUUAACUUCAGUCAACUCUUCAUCUGUGCAGCUCAAUGAUGGAGGGGGAGUUCUCAUGUUCUCCUCUAUAGCAGAGGGCAUAUUGCCUCACAGAAGUGCUCCUGGCUUCCCCGGUUUGGCUGGAGGCUUCACUUUCAAUAUUUACGAUGGGGAGGCUCUGGCCGCGCUGCUCAGAGCCCGUCCCUCCCGGAUGGAGCAGCACGUGGCGGGGCUGCAGAGCGAGGACAUGUCCCUGGAGCAGGAGAGCCGAACACAUGGGGACAUGGUGUUUGUGGACGUGGUGGACACUUACCGCAACGUGCCCACCAAACUACUGCAGUUCUACAAAUGGGCUGUGGGGAACACCGACUUCAACUUGCUGCUGAAGACCGACGACGACUGUUACAUCGAUGUGGACGCGGUCUUGACAAAGAUCCACCAGAAAGACCUCAAACGGAGCCAUUUCUGGUGGGGAAAUUUCAGGCAGAGCUGGGCAGUGGACCGCAUCGGGAAGUGGCAGGAGCUGGAGUAUCCCAGCCCAGCGUAUCCAGCUUUCGCCUGUGGCUCCGGAUACGUGGUCUCCCGGGACCUGGUGCAGUGGUUGGCCAGUAACGCAGAGAAACUCAAGGCCUAUCAGGGAGAGGAUGUGAGCAUGGGCAUCUGGAUGGCAGCUGUCGGGCCGCAGAAAUAUCAGGACUCGGGCUGGCUCUGUGAGAAGGAGUGUUACCUGGACAUGCUCUCGUCCCCUCAGCACUCGGCCCAGGAGCUGCAGCAGCUCUGGGACCAGAAGCAGAGCUGUGGAGACCCAUGUGGAUGUCCCUGGAGCCAAUGA